GCUCGUUCGAAGUCUGCGAGGUUUGAGCUCCUUGUCUCGCAAAUGUGAUUUUUUAGCAUGUAGUGGGGAUGCUACCUUAAAAAAUGGUUUAUUAAACUGUUUCUUAAUCGUAUCUGUAUCCUUAUGAUGAUCAAAAAUCUAAUCUUUGCGCCAUUUUCACGUUGUUAAAAUAGUUCUUAAAAAUUGUCUAUUCCUGAAAUUUAAAUCCUAAAAUCUCAUAAAGUGUUAGAGAUGUCUCCUGCCUGUGUGUAUGUUGGUGGAUUGAGUGAUGAUGUUCAAAAAGAAGAUCUUGAAAGGGAAUUCAGUAAGUUUGGAAAUUUGACUAAAGUUUGGGUAGCUAGAAAUCCUCCUGGAUUUGCCUUCAUUGACUUUGAGGAUGACGAAGAUGCUAAUGAAGCGAUAAAAGAAAUGAAUGGAGCCACAAUUAAUGGAUCAGAAAUCCGAUGUGAUAUUUCUCGUGGUCGAGGUAGAGGAGGACGUGGUGGAAGAGGGGGUGGCGGCUUUAGAGGAGGCCGUGGUCGUAGAGAUUAUGAUUCUGGUUUCCGAAGUGGAGGAGGAGGUGGCGGCUUCAGAGGAAGCAGAGGCAGCGGCGGUUCACGUUAUGGUGGUGGUGGAGGUCGUGGCGGCGGAGGCUAUGAUAGACCUUACAGCCGAGGUGGAAGUGAUAGAAGUUCUGGAGGAUAUAGGAGUCGCUCUCCUAUGGGUCAAAGAAACGGCAGCAACUGGUAGGGAAUUACUGUGUCGUAUGUCUUCACCUGAUACUUCAUCGCGUAGAAGCAGACAUUCCUGUUACUACUAAGUGUUGUAAAUAGCAUCUUAAAAAUUGUCUGAUUUUUUUUUUUUUUUUUUUUAUCAACCUGCAUAUUGACUACUUCAUUUCAUCUAUUGUACAACUUGAACACAAUAAAAGAGAAAUAAUGCCAACAAA